CUCUGGGCUGGGGACUGGGCGGGCGGCGCGGGGUCACGUGGCGCGGGGGCGGGGCGUGCGGGUAAAUAGGCUGCGGCGGCGGGUCCAGGCUCUGGUUCGGGACUCGAGGCUGCAGACCAGCGCUCGCAGAGCUCGGUGAGCCCAGGACACAUCUAGCCUCCAGAAUGUGGCCACUGGUGGCCUUCCUGAGCUGCCUUGUGCUGCUGACUGGGGCACACUUGCCACCUCUGUCAGAUGAGCUGGUCAACUAUCUGAAUAAACAAAACACCACAUGGCAGGCGGGACACAAUUUCUACAAUGUGCACCUGAGUUAUGUGAAGAAGCUGUGUGGCACCAUCCUGGGUGGACCCAAGCUACCCCAGAGGGUGCAGUUUGCUGAGGACAUGGAUCUGCCCGAAAACUUUGAUGCCCGUGAGCAGUGGCCCAACUGCCCAACCAUUAGGGAGAUCCGAGACCAGGGUUCUUGUGGGUCAUGCUGGGCAUUUGGGGCUGUGGAAGCCAUCUCUGACCGGAUCUGCAUCAGCUCCAUGGGGAAAGUGAAUGUGGAGGUGUCAGCUGAGGAUCUGCUCACCUGCUGUGGCAAGCAAUGCGGGGAGGGUUGUAAUGGGGGCUUUCCUGUUGGAGCCUGGAACUUCUGGGAGAAGCAUGGCCUGGUCUCUGGUGGCCUGUAUGACUCCCAUGUGGGUUGCAGACCCUACUCCAUCCCUCCUUGCGAACACCACGUGAAUGGGUCCCGACCUCCCUGCACAGGGGAGGGGGGCAGCACUCCCAAGUGUAACAAGAUAUGUGAGGUUGGCUACAGCCCCGCCUACAAAGAGGAUAAACACUACGGGUGCAGCUCCUACAGUGUGCCCCCAAACGAGAAGGAGAUCAUGGCCGAGAUUUACAAGAACGGUCCAGUGGAGGCAGCUUUCUCCGUCUAUGCCGACUUCCUGAUGUACAAGUCUGGAGUGUACCAGCAUGUCACUGGAGAGAUGAUGGGAGGCCAUGCCAUCCGUAUCCUGGGCUGGGGGGUAGAGAAUGGCACCCCCUACUGGCUGGCUGGUAAUUCCUGGAACAUCGACUGGGGGGACAAAGGCUUAUUUAAAAUUCUCAGAGGCGAAGACCACUGUGGUAUCGAAUCUGAAAUCGUGGCUGGACUCCCAUGCACUGAGCAGUACUAGAAAAAGAGCCACCCACCAACCCUGGACAGGGGAUGAGAUGGGGUUAGGUGGGAACAUCUUCUUUUUGAGCUCAAACACAUGAUGCAUGAGGCUCUGGACAGGGCAUGAAGGGGCAAACUUCAUGUCUACCACUCAAGCUGUCUUUUCAAAGAGCCAGACCUGACUACCAUGUGCAAACACCCCUGCCUGGACACAGCCAGGCCCCCUGGACCUAGCAGCUUGUUAGUGCCUGCUGCUUCUCCCUCCACACCCUCCAGGGAACCACAGGCACAAAGCCCUGGAAAGCAGAUAUGCCAGUAGCCCAAUUUCUACAAAUUGGCAGUAUACUUCCUAGCAAACAGUUUUCUCCAUCUGGGACAGGGUAGAGUGGAUUGUACUGUUGUUACACUUUGGUCUUGUGCCUGGGUAUGAUUUUUAACAGAAGUCCUAUUUUUUCGUGUACCUCAACUGAUCAUGUGAAUGAGAGUAAUAGUCAGAAAAACUGUACUCAUUUUUUAAACAAAAUGGAAGUGUAGUGGUUUGGCCCAACCUCUAUAUUACAAUGAAACUAGUUUGGAAGAACCCAGCUUUCACUGUUUAAAACCCACUGCUUUCACCCUGUUAACAAUGACUGUGCCAAUAAAAAGUUUUUCCUUCA